CCUCUUUCUCAAACACAUUCUUCCUACUACUAAUUUCGUUCCUCUUUUGCUCUCUUUCUCUCUGAUUCUCUCUUUCAAAGAACGAGUCAACUCGUUGGACGAAAGAAAUGAACUCGGAUAUAACUCACGCCACGACGGCGUCGUAUUGGUGCUACAGCUGUACACGUUUCGUUCACCUUCUCGACCGACACGACGUCGUUUGCCCCCACUGCCAAAGCGGUUUCGUUGAAGAGAUCCAUGCCGGCCAGUCCCCUGCCAUGUCUCUCUUCGCCGACGGUCUUCAAGCAUCUCGCCGCCAAGGCUUCCGCCGGAGGCGCCGAAACGCUGGCAGCCGCUCGCCGUUUAACCCGGUUAUCGUUCUCCGUGGACCAGGGGAGGAUGGCGCUGCCGGAGGCGAUAACGAGGGUUCCACUUUCGAGUUGUACUAUGACGACGGCGAUGGUUCCGGUCUUCGUCCUCUGCCGCCGACGAUGUCAGAGUUUUUGCUCGGAUCUGGAUUCGAUAGGUUACUAGAGCAGUUCUCUCAGAUCGAGAUCAACGGAUUUGGUCGGCCGGAGAAUCCGCCGGCAUCGAAGGCGGCGAUAGAGUCAAUGCCAACGGUUGAGAUCGGAGGCUCUCACGUGGAGACGGAAACUUACUGCGCCGUGUGCAAGGAAGCCUUUGAGCUCGGUGCGGAGGCGCGUGAGAUGCCGUGUAAACACCUUUACCACUCCGAUUGCAUCAUGCCGUGGCUCACGAUGCGGAAUUCGUGCCCUGUGUGCCGCCACGAGCUGCCGUCCGAUCAGAACGCGGCGGAAGGGAGAGUCGCCGGUCAGAUCGAUGAGGAAGCGGUAGGGUUGACCAUAUGGAGGUUGCCGGGAGGCGGUUUCGCCGUCGGAAGAUUCUCCGGCGGCCGAAGAUCCGGAGAGAACCGUUUGCCCGUCGUGUAUACCGAGAUGGACGGCGGAGGCAGCGGUGGAAGCAAUGGAGGAAACUCGAACGGUGGUUCUAGAAGAAUAUCCCGCGCAGUUGGAAGCAGUAGGGUUAGGGAGAAUCGCGGAAUUGGAAGAAUUUUCCGCAAUUUCUUUUCCUUCUUCGGGAGAAUUGGAUCUAGGUCACGUUCCUCUUCGUCUUCGUCAUCGUCGUAUUCAGGUUCUGAGCAUGGAUCAGUGAGUCGAAGUCACAGCUAUUCAAGUUCGUUUUUCAAUAGAAACUCAGGGAGAAGAAGAACUUGGGUCUUGGAAGAUUGAUUCAGUCAAAUUUUGAGAGAAAAAAACAUUGAGAUUCAUGUUUGUAAAUAACAUAGAACUGGCUACUGCUGUAGAAGGAGGGAAGUUUGCUGGUGAUGAAGUGAACGCAGUACAAUUUGGGAAGAAAAAAGAAGAAGAAGAAGAAGAAGAAGCGAAGCUUGUUUCCCUUCUCGGUGUUAAAUUAUUUGAUUUGUUUAAUUAAUGUCUAUAUUCAUGUUUUAUUAGUAACAUAUUCUUUGUAAGCGAUUAAGCAUUCUUUCAAGAUCAAUGUCCCGAUUUCUGAUAUGCUGUUCCUUCAAAUUGAUCCUCAAUUGCUAAACUCUGCUGAACAAAUAGGAUGACAAAUCACCUUGUUCAAUAUGCACUGAUUUGGAUUCUAUUGUUGGGGAUAAAGUCUUGGCUUUAGAUGAUGAUCAUGAUGCUUGUUUUGGGGAAUUUGGGGCAUGUUUGUUUGUUGGGUUCAUCAUGAUGAUGCUUCAUAUCAUGCGUUUCAUGAAUUACUUCCUUCACCUUUUUGCAUAACAUAAUCAUGGGCCUAUUUGCCAAAAGAUCAAAGGGAAAAGAAGAAAAAAAAAGAAAGAAGAGCGUUGUGUUUCCCUUACUAUCACUCUUUUGGCUACAUGUAUGGUUGUGGUUGUGUUCUGUCUUGGGAGGUGUUUGGCAAGGGCUGUGGAUUCCAUGCAAGAUUUCAU